UUGGAAAUGGCCUCAGCUUCUUCUCAGUCAUCUGAUCCAAGUUUGGAUGUUGAGUGGCAGGAGUGGAAGAUGAAACAUAAAAAAACCUACAGCCAGAAUGAAGAAAGAGUGAGGAGAGCAGUGCGGGAGAAGAAUUUCAAAAUGAUUGAUUUGCACAGUUGGGAAUACCUUGAGGGGAAGCAUGACUUCACCAUGGCAAUGAAUGUGUUUGGUGAUUUGUCUAAUACAGAAUUUGAGAAAAUGAUGACUGGGUUUCGAAGGCAGAGGAUCAAGAAGAUGCAUAUAUUUCAAGAUUAUCUGUUUCAUUAUGUCCCCAAAUAUGUGGAUUGGAAAAAGCAAGGCUAUAUGACUCUUGUGAAGAAUCAGGGUCAUUGUACCUCUAUUUGGGCUUUUAGUGCAGCUGGGUCCCUAGAAGGACAAAUAUUCAGGAAAACAGGGAGACUGGUCCCUUUGAGUGAGCAGAACCUACUGGACUGCAUGGGUUUCAGUGUUACCCAUGGCUGCAGUGGUGGCUUCAUGCAGAAUGCCUUCCAGUAUGUGAAGGACAAUGGCAGUCUGGCAGCUGAAGAAUCCUAUGCAUACAGAAGAAAAGUCAAAGAACAAGGUGUGUCCACCUGUGGAAUUGACCUCCACAUAUCCAUAAAAGGCAUUAGGAAGAAGCUUGAUGGAGCAAACAGAGGUUGGUGUCUAUUUGCUGAGGCCUUGCCCAUGCCAGUGCUGAGGCUUUCAGGCGUAGAAAAGAUUGUGACUCAUGUUUACAUUUUUCUCCUUCUUGCUUUGGAGGAAAAUAGCAUUGAAACUCAGGCAUAUCACACCCCAGCUUCCCACAUGGACAAAGUGGGUGCAUCCUGGAACCUGCACAUGCCAAGCGAGUUGGCCUGUCUCAUGUGCAUGACAAGAAGUCUGGAGCCCAAGUCCAUUCCAUUAUUAUCUGCAGGAAGCUCUGCCCACCACGUGGUAGCCGGUAACUCCCAGGAAACCAAGAGGCAUUCCCUCACCCAGCUAAACACCAGCAUAGAUUCCUGUGUCUAG